CAGCAAAGGCAGACGUAAGGCAGUGGUGAGAGCCCGGCGGAGAACUGCGGAGCUGAAAUGAAGCGCACACACCGAGCGGCUCCCAUCGUGCAGUUCAGUGCGGCUCAGGAAGAGGCUCUGCGCCGCUAAAGCUGAAGGCUGCUCCGGCUGAAUGAAGGGCUCCGUCCAUGCGUAGGCUAUCGCUCUUUCUGCUGCCCUGUGCUGUCGCCGUCCUGGUGCACUUGUGGUUGGCACAACGACCCUUCUCCACCCCGCUGGACAACAACACACAUUCGGAUGAAUCGUUACCUUUCUAUGAAGUUUUGGUGGGAGUGCUGUCAGCGAGACACCAUUAUAAACUGCGACAAGCGAUAAGGGAUACCUGGCUGGGAUAUAUCCAAGAUCACCCACACUUUCAGCACAGGGUGGGGGUGAAGUUUAUCGUGGGCGAGCAUGGGUGUCCUAUUCCAGAGGAGGACAGAGAGGAUCCGUACUCCUGCUCCCUCCUGAACUUCACCGAGCCAGUGGCAGGCCGCGAUGCAGAGAUAGAGAUUGUGACGGUGACUGACCCCCUGGUGCUCACCCCCUCUGACGUGUCGGCCAUCGCCCUGGAUUUCAAGGUCCUCCACCCAGUGGUGAUCACGAGGCUGGGGUUGUUUUCCAGCUGGAACAGGCCCGUCCUACAGAGCAAUGUGACAGUGAAGCUUCUCCAGCUGGACCAAGAGGAGGCCGUGGUCACUGCUCGCUUCAGUGCCAUCAGCACAGGGACCAUGGUGAGUGGGGUGUGGUACAAACCAGUGGAGCAGUUCAUCUUGCCGAAGGGUUUUGAGGGGACACUGGUUUGGGAGAAUAUGGAUUCUACUGGAUUGACCACAGUCAACUCCUCCUCUGUGCAGCUCAAUAAUGGAGGUGGUGUCCUCAAGAUCUCCUCUGUAUGUACCGACAUUGCAGAGGGCAUAUUGCCUCAUAGAAGUGCGCUUGGAUUCCCCGGUUUGGCUGGAGGGUUCACAUUUACUAUCUAUGAUGAAGACAGCCUGUCGGGGCUCCUGCUGGGCCGCCCAGCCAGAAUGGAGCACCACGCCUCCAAGCUGAGGCAGGAGGACGCCGCCUUGCAUCAGGAGAGCCUCAGGCACGGCGACAUGGUGUUCCUAGAUGUGGUAGACACCUACAGGAACGUGCCUUCCAAACUGCUUCAGUUCUAUAAAUGGUCUGUGGGUAACGCUGACUUUAAUCUGCUGCUGAAGACGGAUGACGAUUGUUACAUCAACGUGGACUCAGUAUUAAUGAAGAUUGACCGUAAGGGUCUCAAACGCAGCAACUUCUGGUGGGGCAAUUUCAGGCAGAGCUGGGCAGUGGACCGUAUUGGGAAGUGGCAGGAGCUGGAGUACGCUAGUCCAGCCUACCCAGCGUUUGCCUGCGGCUCAGGCUACGUAGUCUCUCAUGAUCUGGUCCAGUGGCUCGCCAGUAAUGCAGAUAAACUGAAGGCCUACCAGGGAGAAGAUGUGAGCAUGGGGAUAUGGAUGGCAGCGGUAGGACCACAGAAAUAUCAGGACGCCGGCUGGUUGUGUGAGAAAGAGUGCUACCUGGACAUGCUGUCGUCUCCCCAACACACAGCCGAGGAGCUGCACGUCCUCUGGGACAGGAAGAGGGCCUGUGGAGACCCCUGCGGUUGUCCAUGGGGCCACUAAAUCUGGCUCACCACCACACUCACCACGAGGCGCUGUGGUUAAAAUGCACUCAGCACUGGUUGCCAGUUCAGUUUCUGUGGUUUCCUUAAAACCCCAAAAAGAGUCGUUUUAUGAGAUGAUUUUAUGAUAAAAACACUUAGAAUGAGUUUUGAAAUGUGGGGACGUCCUGCUGGAAAAUAAUCUUUAAAACUUUGACAUUUCAUUGCAGGUUUUAAUAUUAAAACCAACAUAAACCAUCUGCAGCUUUAGAAUAUGUUAAAAGCCCACAUGUAGCUGUAGCAUACUGUCAGUAUUUGUAUCAUGAACUCAGUUAUGAAAUUUGAGACUGAAAAUGUUGAAAAAGAAAAAUGUGUUUUUGUAAUGUGAUAACUGACAGGGAUGAACAAGAACUGUGUGCAAUAUCAGCAUGUGAUAGCCAUUGUGUACAGAAUCACUGCUGGAAGCCUUGAGUACUUUGUAGUAGUAUAAUUAUUGGUGCUCUGAUAGUUGACAGACUUACAUUUUUUUGGUUUAAAAGGGUAUAUUUGAUGGAAUUUUAAAGAUGAUGGCUUUACAUAUUUUGUAUAUUGUUGUCUAAAGCUUUUCAUCCUCUUCACUAUGUGUAGUUUUACGACAAGCUUUCUCACAAACGCACACAGUUUGUACUGUAACUGUCAUUGUGCAAAUAGUGAUGUGGCCUUACUGUAUUUGUUAGGCAUCAUACUGUAUGUAUGUUAACACGAUGAUAUCAACACAGAUUUAAAUUAGUUUGUUUGCAACACAAUUUUUUGGAACUUGAACAAGCAGUCAGAGUGACUGUGAAAUAGACUAGUAAACACUGGUUUUAUGAAACCUUCCUCACAGAUAAUAAAGAACACUUGAGAGAGA